UUAUUCCCACAGUUAAAAAUUUAAAACACGACAUACUUCGAUCGAUGCUGAUACCACCCCCACCACUACAUCCUAGUCGGCGAUGAGGUUGCUUAGCGACAGAUAAAUCAACAAACAAACUAUUCAAGUCAUUGACAGCCAAGCUUAUUCAGUGUUUCACCGUUCUGAUCUCUCUUCGCAGAAUAAUCAAAUCGGCGUAUUAAUACUCGUCAUGGUUUUUGACUCAAAAUAUAAGACAGAGAAAAAGAAGACAGCGGCUAUCUACAGGGUGAAUGAACCGAUGGACAAUCUGAAAAUAAGGGUGCGAGUCGUACAGCAGAGGUCUCUGCUUGCCGAGUUUUUGGAAGAGUUCGAGGGUGAAACCAGGGACUCCAACUAUUUGGUAGAGGAGGAUCGUAUUUUUGGCUGGCAGGAAAAGGUGUUCAGCUCAUUUGAAAUCGACUUCUAUGCGGACGGAAAAAAUUGCCUCACUGAUUAUCAGCGGGAUUAUCAUCGGCGCAUACGUGAUAACAAUGGAGAGCUGCGGACCGGUCGAUUAUAUUCCUACACGGAGAACGACUCCUAUUAUUUCGACAAGGAACUCCUCACAGAACCCUACAGGUCGUACCUGUCAACAAAAAAUCAAACAGCACUGCCGACCUUGCGAAAUCGCAAGCCUUUUCGGGAACGCUACAACAAGAGUGUAGUGGACACAGCCACGGAAGAAAGAAUUCGAUCGAGUCAUUAUUUGUACACGGCCUAUACUGUCAUGUAUAUAAUGGUCGAUCUCUCUCGGCAUGAUGAGCCUACGGUUGGGUCGAACCGCGACUCAGAAACGCUACUCUGCACCGUGACUUACAAUAAGAUGUGUAAACUGCUGACGAUUAGCCCUGAUUUUAUUAGCGACGAUGACGAGCAUUACGACGUCACCAAUAGCUACGGCAUUAAGUACAAUUAUUGGAUUGAACAUGUCUCCAAGGAGCAGACGUCGCCGGAGCUACAACGACAACACAAGGAUAUGCGGCGCGAGGCACAACAGCUUGCCUAUAAAGAAGCGGAAAUAUACAAGGAUUUACAGUUUGCACCAGCGAAUCUAUCUACAGUAUUUUUAAGUUUAGAUAUCGUGUCAGCCCACGGUUUCUCUUACGACGGACUAUUUAUCAACUAUUUCAUCGAUCUGCCACAACACUGGAGCACGAAGCAGAAAGAAAGAUUGGUCGGGAGAACGCAAAAAUGUCUUUUGGACAAUAAAUCGGCGUGUUUUAGUUAUUGCACCGAUAUAUUGUUAUAUUACCCGUCAAAAGAGACUCAAGAAUCGAGUGCAAACGUAUCAUCGUUUUGGCCUCAUUUAUUAUUCUCCGUGGCAUCUCUAGAUGAUUGGACCAGGUAUCGAAUAGAGGGAUAUGCAGCAUUACCACUACCAUUGACACCUGGCUUGUACAAGUUCACAAUUCCUACGUGGCGUGCGAAAGGAGGUUUCAUCGAUGCAUUGAAACGAUUCUUCAUCGGCGGCUCUUAUGAACUUCAGGAUAUAACGUAUUGUAGUAUUCCAGCGAUAUACGAGGGCAAAAUUUUGGACAAGUCAAAUCUGAAAAUCGUAUCUAGCGGAGAUAUUAAAAUUAACAUUAACAUUGCUCAUCACAAUCGUACAUUUGCAAAGUAUUUUAAUUAUCAAACUAAUAAUUCAAAUAGAAUAAAUACUGAUACGCUUGUGAGUAGUGUUGAAAAUGUUCUUGAACAAUUUAAAGCAGCUAAAGAACGUAUGAUACAAAUAAGAGCAAUGAAUCCAUAAGUUAUUUUAUAUAGUAAUAAUUGAGAAGAGGUGUCUAUCUAUAUUCUAUUAUAUCUAAACUAA